AUGCUCGCAAAGAUGGUGAAGAUGACAUUGAUAGCUCGUGUUACUGACGGGUUGCCUCUAGCAGAGGGGCUCGACGAUGGACGUGACUUACCAGAUUCGGACAUGUAUAAGCAACAGGUCAAGGCUCUGUUUAAGAAUCUUUCCAGAGGUCACAACGAAGCUUCAAGAAUGUCGGUUGAAACUGGCCCUUAUGAAGUUGACUGGCCUUCUAGAUUAUCUAUGCUCUUCCUUGACCAGACAAUCUUUAGUUACAUCAUAGAAGGACGAGUUUGCUACUUGACAAUGUGUGACCGCUCUUACCCAAAGAAACUAGCGUUCCAAUACCUGGAAGAUCUUAAGAAUGAAUUCGAACGUGUCAAUGGGCCUAACAUUGAAACAGCUGCUCGACCUUAUGCCUUUAUUAAAUUUGAUACCUUCAUACAGAAAACCAAGAAACUGUACCAAGACACUCGUACGCAACGAAAUAUCGCCAAGUUGAACGAUGAACUCUAUGAGGUUCAUCAGAUAAUGACGCGGAAUGUGCAGGAAGUACUAGGUGUUGGUGAAAAGCUGGACCAGGUGAGCGAGAUGUCGAGUCGGCUAACAUCUGAAUCUCGUAUAUAUGCUGAUAAGGCUAAAGAUUUGAACCGUCAGAAUGCAACAUUGAUCACACGUUAUGAUCAUGCUUUGAUCCGGAAAUGGGCACCAGUCGCAAUUGUGUUCGGGGUGGUUUUCCUUCUUUUCUGGGUCAAGAACAAGCUAUGGUAA